AUGACUUCAACUCUUCAAGCAGUGGAAGACCAAAAGAAAAUCGUGGAGCAUAUUGAACGUGUUUCUACAACUUUUCAAGCAAAACCCAAAGAUGCCUUCUCAAGAGGAUACCUUCAAACUAUUUUGGAGGAUUUGGAAUCCAGUUUUAAGUCCUUCAAGGAUGGACAUGACCAACUAAAUGACAUGGUUCGGGAAAGUUCUAUCGCUGAGAAAGACGUUCCAUAUUUAAGUACCAACACUUUUUAUAAGUGCUAUGAUAUCUACAUUUCUUUAAAAACUAAUAUUUUAGAUUUGCUCUUUGAAUUAGAUUCUCCACAGACUCCAACCGUCCACGCAAGCACCUUCGCCGCCACUAGCCGCAACGAAUCCUUCUGCGCUGGAGCAAGACUUCCGAAAAUAGAUUUGCCAACUUUUUCUGGAGAUUAUCUAGAAUGGAUUUCAUAUCGUGACAUGUUUAAAACACUUGUGCAUCAAAACAAUUCCCUUACAAAGGUGCAAAAAUAUUUUUAUUUGAAGUCUUCUUGCACUGGAACACCACUCAGCUUGGUCAACGAAUAUCCGGCAGCAGAAUCCAGUUAUGAUUUAGCAUGGGAUGCUCUCGAGAAGAGAUUUCAUAAUGAACGAAAACUUGUUGAGCAAAUAUUGAAAAGGUUGUUUUCAAUACCGCCAUCUGAUGGAACUCUAAAAAAUAUCAAAGGGUUAUUAGACACAACGCGAACCUGUCUCUCACAAUUAAAAUCAUUGAAAAUAGAUAUUUCUACUUGGGAUUCAAUUCUAGUGUAUUUAAUUACUCAAAAGCUUGAAAUGCAGACUCGCAAAGAAUGGGAACAAUCACUUAAAGCUAGUACAUCCAUUCCACCCAUGUCGGAUAUGCUUAAUUUUCUUGAAACUACCUUCCGCACUAUGGAAUCUUUAGAGGAAGAAGCUGUUUCAACAACACAUGUCUACGGUAAGGAAAAUCGUAAGAAACCUACUAGAGUUAUACGAGCUCACACUGCGUCAACUGUAAAUGAUAACAACUGCCUUUGCUGCAACAAACGUCAUCCUCUUUACAAAUGUUUUCGAUUUACAACCUUGUCUUCAGCGGAGAAGAAAAGUUUCGUAAAUCAACAUCGCCUUUGUCGAAACUGCCUGAACACUGGGCAUUUACAAUCGUCUUGUAGACUGAACACCAGAUGCCACAUCUGUCGUGAACCUCAUCAUACUAUUAUUCAUAACGAAUUCGGCAGAAACAAUGCUGAUCAAACAAAUUCACCUCUGCCUAACAUCCCUAUUGAAAACCAGACUUUCCAGCCACCUGCUACUACGUCAACACCUAACUCUGCUACUGUAAGUACUAAUGUCUCCAAUCUAAGUGCGAAAAAUCUAAACCCUGCUUUAUUGCCCACCGUAAAAGUUUUAAUAAAAACGCUAAAUAAAACCUACUGCUUAAAAGCUUUAGUUGAUCAAGGAUCACAACUUUCAUUUAUUUCGGAAGAACUUUCUCAAAUAUUACCUGUGGAAAAAUACAAAACUCGAGUUAAUGUUUCUGGUAUUGGAGGAAAUCAGGCAGUUACUGUUAAAAAAUCUGUACGAUUUACUAUUCAUUCUAGAUACGAACAAGAAUUUGCACUCCCUAUUACUGCCCUUGUAGUCCCUAACGUCACAUCAUACGUUCCCAACAAAAUUACUUCUAAUUUUAUUCCAGACCUCUCAGCAUUCUUUCUUGCAGAUCCAGAUUUUCUAACCCCACAAAAGAUUGACCUCCUACUUGGAAACGAUGUCUAUGGUGAUUUACUACUCCCUAGAAUGAAAAAGUUUGAAAAUAGUCUUCUUCUGCAAGAAACUCAUUUGGGAUGGAUGAUAUCAGGUUCUCCGAGAACCCAUAUGACAACAAAUACAAUUUCUGCAAAUCUCUGUUCUUUGGAUGAACAACUUCGAAUGUUUUGGGAACAAGAGGAAUUGCUAGACAAGAAAUCAUGGUCCACUGAAGAUGAACUUUGCGAAAAGUUGUUUAACGAAACUCAUAUUCGUGAUGAAAAUGGACGAUACAGUGUCCAUCUGCCAUUCAAAAGACUCCUUCAAGGUAAAGAGCUACCAUCGUUCUCCCACACGGACUACAAUGCGAUUAAAAGAUUAAAACAAUUAGAAUUGUCUUUUAAGCAAAAGCCACAAUUUGCUAAUGCAUACAAAAAGUUCAUGAUAGAAUAUGAAUUGCUUAAUCAUAUGAGUAACCUUGGUGAGUACCCUCAUGCUAUACCUCAAAAUCCGUACUUUUUUCCUCACCAUGGUGUACUAAAAGAGAACAGUUCAACAACAAAACUACGUGUUGUUUUUGAUGGUGGAAACCGUAGACCCCCUCAAACUUCUAUAAACGAAGAAUUAUCAGCAGGUCCUGCGUUACAAAAUGAUUUGUCAACAAUCAUCACUCGCUGGAGAAAACACUAUAUUGGUUUUACUGCAGACCUGGAAAAAAUGUUUAGGCAAAUAAAUGUGUCCCCUGAACACCAACCCUAUCAAUGCAUUCUUUGGAGAAAUGCCACAAACAAAAUAUGUGUAUAUGCACUUCGUACAGUGACAUAUGGCACAACUUCUGCUCCUUAUCUUGCAAUUAGGGUACUACAGCAACUAUCAGAGGAUGAAGAAACUAACUUUCCAGAAGCUAGUCAUAUUCUUCGAACAGACACUUAUGUGGAUGAUGUCAUAUCAGGAGCGGAUACCCUAGAAGAGUCUUUAGAACUACAACAACAACUGUCUAAUCUUUUAAAAUCUGGCGGAUUUCAUUUAAGGAAAUGGAAUUCUAAUUCGUUUGAGCUCAUGAAGAACAUUCCUGAAGAAGAUCGAGAAAUUCAACAAUCAUUUUCUAUUUAUCAACCCAAAAUUUUACUUUCAGAGGCAUCUAAAUUAUUUGAUCCUUUAGGAUGGCUAUCCGCUACCACCAUAAUAGCGAAAAUAAUAUUCCAACAACUAUGGAAACUGAAACUAGAUUGGAAUGAUACUCUACCAGAUCAUAUUCGAAAUCAAUGGGUUAAUUUUCGGAACAAAUUAAAGUCUCUUGAAGAGGUAAAAAUUCCACGAUGGAUUGGUUACAGGCCUCAUAAAGCUCCAAUUGAUCUCCACGCCUUCAGCGAUGCUUCGAAAGUAGCCUAUGCUGCAGUCGUCUAUGCUCGCGUCACAACCGAAUCUGAUGCUCAUGUAAAAACAUUUCAUGGAAGUCUCCAGCUUAUGCAGUCCUACGUUUCUCGUUACUACUGGAUAGUUUCAGCCCGAAACAUAGCAAAACGCGUACAACGUAGAUGUACAGUAUGCUUUAAGUACAAAGCGCAAUCCUGCCAGCAACUUAUGGGCAACCUGCCAUCUGUGCGUCUGCAACCUACUCGAGCUUUCAAGCAUAGCGGAUUAGAUUAUGCUGGACCCAUUAAUAUAAAAACCUCUUCGUUACGAACAGCAUCUACAUCUAAGGGCUACAUAUCCUUGUUUAUCUGUAUGUGUACGAAGGCUAUACAUUUAGAAGCAGUCACUAGUCUAAACGUGGAUGCUUUCUUGGCUGCAUUCCGACGCUUUACCGCACGUAGAGGCUUAUGCACUGAUUUAUACUCCGACUGUGGUACAAAUUUUGUAGGUGCCAACAAAGAACUUCAAGUCCUGUAUCACCGAAACAAGGCAUCACUUCCUGAGCAUCUCGCAGAAACUCUUGCGAAUCAAGGUACAAAGUGGCACUUCAUCCCUCCUGCUUCACCACAUUUUGGCGGACUAUGGGAAGCCGGCGUGAAAUCCACUAAGCACCACUUGCGCCGCAUUAUGAAAGAUCGCAUACUAACAUAUGAAGAACUCAGUACCCUCUUGGCACAGAUUGAAAGCUGCUUAAACUCCAGGCCAUUGUGUCCAUUAUCUACCGAUCCUACAGACGCCGAUGUCCUUACACCAGCACAUUUUCUCAUUGGAGAACCUUCAAUUUGCAUCCCCGUUUGA